AAUUGUCCAAAAUGCUUAACCGUUACUGUCAAUCUCUCUAAUUGCCGAUCCGAUCUAGGGUUUUCCGUCUGAGAUCGAAAUGGGGGUAGUAAUCGAAACCUCCGUUUGGGAACCAAGUUCCUCCGUCUACAUCUUCAUUUUCCUUUCUUGUUUCCUCUCACUUUCUCUCUCCCCUUUCUACCUCUCCAAACACGCCCCUAUAAGGUCUCCUCCUUUCUCCGACCACUCCACCUCCUCCUCUCCUCUUCGCUUCCAACGUUACUUUCUCCUUCUCUAUUCCCUCGCCUCAGUGUUGGAAGGAUUAUGGUCGGUGUACGGAGAGUUUGAGCUGUUUUAUUAUGGACUAACCAAGGAAGAAAUGGUGACGUUUAUGCUUAUUGGAUUUGGAGCUACUCUUUUUGUUGGUGGUUUCUUAGGCUUUCUCUCUGAUUUAAUAGGUCGAAAGAAAAUAUGUUUGGUGUUUUAUAUUUUGCACGUUAUUGUUGGAAUAUGGAAGAGGAUUACAUCAAGUCCUAGCUUUUGGUUAGCCAAUGUAUGUUUGUCUUUGGCAACAUCAAUAUUUUCCUUCAGUUUCGAGACAUGGGCUGUUGUUGAACAUGACAAGCAGGGUCAUAGGCAAGAUGUUUUGAAUGACACAUUUUGGCUGAUGACUUUUUUCGAGUCUGCAUCUUUGAUUGGAAGUCAGGUGAUUGGCAAUUGGAUGGUGGGUAGUAAUUUGGAGAAUGGGAUUGCAUCUCCUUCCACUGCAGCCAUCUUACUAGCGAUAGUAGGCAUCAUCUGUAUGUCCAGAGAUUAUGAUGGGACUCCACAGACAGUGAUGUAUAAAGAUUAUAAGGUGUCCUUUUAUACAUAUAUUCUUGGUGAUAGAAGGAUAUGGCUACUGGCAUGCGCACAAACUUGCCUUCAUUUCUCCAUUGCAGUUUUCUGGAUUCUUUGGGCCCCAACACUGGUGGCUGAUGGCCGAGAAGUGUAUCUAGGGUUGAUAUAUCCAUGUGUGCUGGGGGCAAGGAUGUUAGGAAGCACACUGUUUCCAUGGCUUAUUAAUGCUUCUCUUCGGACUGAGGAUUGCUUAAUGUAUGCAUUUACCAUACAGGCUCUUCUUCUGUCUAUAAUAGCUUAUGAUUACCAGUUUACAUGGUCUGGAUUGCAGGAAAUUGGAGUUCUGGUGACACAGUUUUCUUUAUUCCAUGCCUGCAUUGGCCUAAUUCUACCUUCACUUGCAAGAUUGAGGACUAUGUAUGUGCCAACCGAGUUGCGUGGAGGAAUGAUAAGCCUUUCUCUAGCUCCUGCAAAUGCAGCAAUUUUGUUUAUUCUGAUGCAGAGAGGCUAUUAUAUUACCAUUGAGAAUGCAACAAUGAUAGCAUUUGCUGCGGUUGGAUUAUUCAUGGCAGCUGGUUGCAUGUAUGUUUUGAAGCGGUGGGGAAAGCAACCAUAUCAAAACUGGCACAAAUUAUGAUUGUUUCAUUUCCCAUUUUUGCUAGCGUUGAUGGUUUCCUGGAGUCUGUUCUCUCACUGAUCAAAGUGCAGUAUUAAACAGAACAACUAAGUUAUAGCGAUAAUCUCCCAGAUGUCUACUGAUAGACUACAAGUAACAAUUGGCCGACGAAUUCCCUUGCAAGUUUUGUCCAAUACAAGUGAACAUGUCUUACAAGCAAUUUUGUUCUGCUCUACGAGUUCAGCUGGGAGAUGAUAGGAGGACUGACGCUGAGAUAUCCACUAAUGUGAAGUUGCAGUUUAAAGGUCGGUUAAUGCGGCAGUGGGCCUCUGAGUGUUAAGAAGGUUGAGAUUUUUCAUUUUAGGAGUUUAUAUUCAUAAGAGUUGCAAAAGCCACGGGCGUGAAAGAUUAAUUGAGAAUCAUAUCUUUGAUUGAAACUGAGUUGUAUUAUCCUUUUGCAGGGUUUUAUCUGUUUUUUUAGAUUAGGAAGAAGCUCGUGUCAUUGGCUUAUUGCUGACAGAUUCUUUUCGUAGAAAUGAAAAUGAGAAGGCCAUUCUUUGAUUUGCUGUGUAUGUAAAUCAACAUUCAAGGCAUUGGAGUCGAUCCUAAUUGAUUGUCAUGCCUUGAUCACAGGAGAUCCAUUCGAUUGGUUGAUUUUUUUUUUUUUCUUAUGAAUUAAAGAAAUUGCGCUCUCUUAUUUACCCAUCUGUAUCUUUGUUAUUAUUAAUUUUUUUGUACUAUUGGUAAUGAGCUAUAAACCCGGAGCUAAA